GGCGACUCCGGAGUAAACGUUCCGGAUACUCCAAGAGAAAAGCAGAGCGAGUCUGGAACCCCCAUCCAGAGCCAAUCCGGUUCCUGCGAGAACUUACGGAUGAGAGGUCCGGGGACUGGGCGUUACGAGGAGGAGGAGUAUCCGGAUGUCCAGGUUAAGGAGGAAUUGGUAGUGUACGAAGUUGCCCCCUUCAGCAGCGAUAAUUCUGCCCCCGCGGUACAUGCGCGGAACGAAUACAUAUGCUCUCUCUUUAACGAGGCGCCCGCCCCGCACCACAGAAGGAAUCUGGGGGAGAAUAACGCGUUGGGGCAGAACCUCCCCAACGUGCUGCUCUGCCCCCGCUGCGGGGUGCAGUUACCCAGCAAGUCGGAGGUGAUCAUCCACCUGCGGUACCACACGGGGGAGAAGCAGAUCUCCUGCCCCGACUGCGGCAAGAACUUCAUCGCCAACUCGGACCUGGUCCGCCACCGGCGCCUCCACACCGGCGAGAAGCCCUUCUCCUGCCCCGAGUGCGGGAAGUGCUUCACGCGCAAGUUCUCGCUGGACACGCACCAGCGCAUCCACAACGGGGAGAAGCCGUUCACCUGCGGGGAGUGCGGCAAGAGCUUCAGGGGCCGCGGGAACCUCGUGGCGCAUCAGCGCAUUCACAACGAAGACAAGCCCUACUCCUGCUCCAAGUGCGGCAAGUGCUUCAGACAGCGCUCCACCCUGCACAGCCACCAGAUCUCGCACGUCAGGGAAGCCAUCCAGUUGUUUUAACCGCCGGGGAGGAAAAACUCUCAGACUGUUCUUAAAG